ACAGUGAACACACUCUCGUGAGUUAGCAGAUUUGAGUUGUCACCCUUUCCGAAAGGGAUGCUCUUAUACUCCCCAUUCUCAAUAAAUAAAUCAGUUUUUGUAUAAUAAAAACUUUGAAAAAAGUUCUACUAAUUAAGCAAAUUUAAGCCUAAAAUGGACCGACUAUUAAGGUUAGGAGGUGGAAUGCCAGGUCUGAAUCAAGGACCUCCACCCACUGAUGCUCCGGUUGUUGAUACUGCCGAACAGGUCUACAUAUCGUCGUUAGCAUUGUUGAAAAUGUUGAAACAUGGACGAGCGGGAGUACCUAUGGAGGUUAUGGGUCUGAUGCUUGGAGAAUUCGUUGACGAUUAUACUGUCAGGGUUAUUGACGUAUUCGCGAUGCCACAGACAGGAACAGGUGUGAGUGUAGAGGCAGUAGACCCCGUUUUCCAAGCGAAGAUGUUGGACAUGUUGAAACAAACAGGUCGACCCGAGAUGGUGGUCGGAUGGUACCACUCUCACCCGGGUUUCGGCUGCUGGCUUUCAGGCGUCGACAUCAACACGCAACAAUCGUUCGAAGCUCUCAGUGAAAGAGCCGUUGCUGUUGUAAUCGACCCCAUCCAGUCCGUCAAAGGAAAAGUCGUCAUUGACGCUUUUAGAUUAAUUAAUCCCAACAUGAUGGUCCUGGGGCAAGAACCCCGACAGACGACCUCGAAUUUGGGUCAUCUCCAAAAGCCGUCCGUUCAGGCUCUGAUUCACGGUUUGAAUCGUCACUACUACAGCAUCAGUAUUAACUACCGCAAAAACGAACUCGAGCAGAAGAUGCUGCUGAAUCUCCACAAAAAGACCUGGAUGGACGGUCUCACUCUCGCCGAGUACUCUGAACACAGCAAGCUCAACGAGACCACUGUUCAAGAUAUGUUGGAGCUGGCGAAAAACUACAACAAGGCACUCGAAGACGAGGAAAAGAUGACGCCAGAACAAUUAGCAAUUAAGAAUGUAGGCAAGCAGGACCCAAAGCGACAUUUGGAAGAGAAAGUGGACAAACUCAUGGGCACGAAUAUUGUCCAGUGUUUAGGAGCUAUGCUCGAUACCGUCGUCUUCAAGUAAAUGUUUAGCAAUACAUGAUUUACAAUAUACGAUUUUUAAAGAAUA